UGCGUAACCGCCCUCCUCUGACAUAAUCCAAAAUGGCGGCCACCAUUGGAAGACUCCUCAGGACCUCUACAAGGGUUGCAACAGCCUGUCACCAUGGACUAUCUGGGUCAGCAAGAACUCUCAUCAGUCCUGCACUUCAAAAAGCUGCUUUCUCUACCUGCACAUCCAAAUGGGCCGCUGCUGUCACCCAGCCUGCUCCAGACUUUAAGGCCACAGCAGUCCUCAACGGGGAGUUCAAGGAGAUGAGCCUAGCUGAUUUCAGGGGAAAAUACCUGGUCCUCUUCUUCUACCCGCUGGAUUUCACCUUUGUGUGUCCAACAGAAAUCAUCUCAUUCAGUGACAAGGCCAAUGAGUUUCAUGAUGUGAACUGUGAGGUGGUCGGUGUCUCUGUUGACUCUCACUUCACCCACCUUGCAUGGACCAACACCCCUCGCAAGACUGGAGGUUUGGGGAAAAUCCAUAUCCCUCUGCUGGCAGAUCUCAACAAGCAGAUCUCCAGAGACUAUGGGGUGCUGCUGGAGGGUCCAGGCAUCGCCCUGAGGGGCCUGUUCAUUAUUGAUCCACACGGUGUGGUGAAGCACAUGAGUGUGAAUGACCUUCCUGUGGGCCGCUGUGUAGAGGAGACGCUACGUUUGGUCAAAGCGUUUCAGUUUGUGGAAACCCACGGUGAAGUAUGUCCAGCCAGCUGGACCCCAGACUCUCCAACGAUCAAACCAACCCCAGAAGGUUCAAAGGAGUACUUUGAAAAAGUCAACUAAGAAGUCACAGAUUACAGCUCCAAGCUAAUGGCACAAACCCGAGUACACUUUGUUCACAGGUCAAGAUGUGUGUAGUCAUGUGGCAGAAUACACUAAUAAAUCUGUUCUUUAUAAAAAAUA